AUGCAUUUCACCAGCAACAUGGGCGUCGGUGCCAUCCUGCUCAGCGCAGUUGCCGUCUCAGCCUGGCCCAUCGACGGAGCCAGCCCCAACCGCCUGACCGCCCGCGGUGUCGGCGUGGAUGCCGGCAACAUUCCGGUCGAGGUCAACGGCGUGAUAGCAACAAGGGAAGUUCCCGGCGCCAAGAAUCCCAAGCCCGCCGCCGGUCCUGCUCUUCCCGCAUCUGCCGCCGGGAAAAAGACAACCGCGUCUCCACCCGGCGCCGCCGCUGUUGUCCCGCCGCCCAAGCCACCCGUGGCCGACAAGGGCAAGGGUGCCAAACCUCCAACGGGCGGCCUGACCACCCCGCAGGGGCUGCCGGUGCCGCAGGGUGCCGACAAGGGUGGCAAGGCUCCUGGCGCCCCGGCACAGAGCACCACAAACACCAACAAGCCGGCCGUCGGCAGCACCGGCACUACUUCCCCGGCGCCCAACCUCGCCUGCGCUCCGGGAGCGAAUAAGAAGAAGGGCAAGCUGGGCAGGCGCGCCGACAACAACCCGUGGUGCACCAACACCAACCAGUGGGGCUCCAGCAAUGCUGCCAGUGGCUCUGGCGGGUACAACGCCGGCGGGAGCGGCGCCAACAUUUGGGGCAGCAGCACUGCCGGCGGCAGCAGUGCCAACAUCUGGGGUAGCAGCACCGGCGGCGGUGGCGGUGGCGGUGGCAACCCCAACUGGGGCGGCGGCGGCGCUGCUGCGGCGGGAAGCAGCGACGGCGGCUUCAGCGCCAUAGGCGGGCAGGAGAUUGCGAUGCAGCAGUUCGGCGGCCCGUUCCCGGGCCAGACGUACAAGACCAAGGGGCUGGUCAACUGCUUCGGCGUGGCGGUGCUGACCAACGCGGCGCAGUUUGCGACCAGGGCGCCGGCGCUGGCCCACGUCACGGCCGACAUGGCGGGCAUGCAGACGCUCGCGGCCUUUGUGCAGCAGGUCGCGCAGAGCGGCUACCCCACGACCAGGAUCGUCAUCCGCCAGGCCAGCACGUCGAGCGGCACGGUGCCCAACUGGACGCCCACCGACACCUCCAACAUCCUGAGCCUGAGGAGCCACGUCGUCUCGGUGCUGUCCACCCUCGGCGUCCAGCCCCAGGCCGUCUCGAGCUCCAUGGGCGGCGAGCUUUACCGUAACCGCCAGCCUCCUGCUGGCACCAUGUGGGUGAAUGCUCAGGGCCAGAUCUAUGUUGACGGCAACCUGAUCCAGUAA